AUGGAAAGAGCUGAAGGUCUUUUUGAAAUAAGGAGAAGUAGCCUUACAGACGUGAAGCAGAUUGAGAAGUUAAGAGUUCACUUUAAUUCAGGAGAGUGUAAAAAAACUAGUCUUGUGACGCUAAUUGAGAGAUCAGUUCUGUCACUUUGUGUUACGGAUAGUGAUAAAAAUUUGGUUGGCCAUGCAUGUUUUUAUGAACAUCCAAAUAGUUCAAAGUUUCCGGAGAACGAUUGGGACACACUCUUUAGUCAUAUAUAUUGCACCGAUAAUAUAACAACCACAAACUCGUUAUUCAUUCAUCUUCUCGCACUUAGUCCAGUUCAUGACAAAUUCGUGAUAACUCAGCUACUGAAAAUGGCUUUCACCGUUGCUUACUCCGUCCAUUAUAUCUUUUUUGUGCUAGAAGAUGCCCAUAGCAUCAAGUGUUUGAACUCUUUUCCUUUUCAUAAACUAUCGAAAAGAGUUGCUGAAGAAAACGACGUUUUCUGCGCUUAUAGACAUGAAAUUUUCCCAGUCCUUUUCUCUCGUCCAGCAGCAGUUGAGGAUACAGAUGACCUUACACCUUUGAUAAAUGAUCAGUCUAAGCUCCUUCAAAAAACAUACGGGGAUUACUAUGUCUCAGAACUAGUUGAAGCUCAGGACGAUAAUCUCAAAUGUGUCGUUGUGGAGUACGAUCGCAGAGCAGUAGGUUUCGUCAGUGCAACAAGAAGUUUAAAUCUCAGGAACUUGAAUUCACAUUACGACUUAGAUUUGUUCAAUGGAUUGGCCAAGUUGGAUAAACCGAUGAAAGAAGAGACAGAAGAAAAAAAUGAAUUUCCAACUGGAAGUAUUUUGAAAGUCACAGAUAAAACAGAAAACAUUGCAACCAGAUCAAGUUAUAUAAAAACCGAAGAACAAAUUAAUUCACAAGAUCAUAGUCAGUCACAUCAUCUAUUGAAUAAUGAAGACAAUGGUCACUGGACAAAACGACUUUUGCGUGAAGAUCAUAAUGCGAAAAGUAGCAAUACGAUUAAAUUGGCGGAUAAUGCAAAAUUGAAUGCAUUUGCUAUACAACUUUUUAUUAUGAAACCGGAAUUUGAAUCGAGAUUUAUGGAUAUGUUACCGUUGUUGUUCAGUCAAUUUCCUGAUUUAGAAUACGCUGUAAUUACAGUUCCGAGAUUGGUUAAAUGUUUCCCGAUGUUGAAGAGUUUUGUACAUUGUAGAAUAAGACAAAAUAAAGAUCCUGAACAUGAAUUAUAUGUAUUUCAUCGCUGUGAACUUCAUAGAGAUUUUACUGUAAGACGUACACGCCAUGCUGAUGAGGAAGAUAUCAAAUUACUAGUCAGAAAUAUGAAUGCAUUUGACCGUUCUUUAUUUCUUUCUGAUUUACAUUCAUUUAUAAGUAAUGGUCGAGAUGAAGAUGGGACAAUAAUAUUUAGUUAUGUUGCUGUUGCACUGGGUAAAUUAGUCGGUGUAGCAAUUUUACGUGAUGAACAUCACAUUGAAUGGCUUCGAGCUCAUUAUAACAUUGAAGAUUUUAUAUACUUUACACAUCAUGCCCGAAAUGAGCAUGUUUCAUUGUAUCAUUUCUUACUAGCAGCUAAUUUUCAGUCAAGAACAGAGUUAUUUCUUCGAGAAAUUCUGCGUCAGUCUAAGAAAACAUGUAUUUAUUAUCGUGUACUUCCACCAUACGCAGAUGAAUCAAAAUUUAGUCAAUGUACACUGAUAACUUGUCUAUCAAAAUUAUCUCCAGUUAAACCAAGAAAACAAAUUAUCUUUCCAGAAUCUUUGUUAAAUAAUAUAAAAGCACCAGAGAAUAGAAUUUUAGAAAAAUUCAAUUCACUGCCAGCUUUAUUUAUGACAACAGGAAAAUUAUUAAUGGAACCAAAAGAAAUUAUCAAUGCUAGAAUUAUUAUUGUUGGUGCUUCAACUACUGGAUUAGCAGUACUUGAAAAAUUGGUCACUUGUCCAUAUGUUCGAUUUACUAAUCUUGUAUUAUUGUCUCCGAAUGGUUUACCUGGAGAUACUUUGGAAAGAAUAAAUCCUCUCGCCUACAAGUUUCUAUCAACAGAUUAUGCUUAUCCUGUUGAUUAUUUGAGUCAACUCGGAUUCAAAGUUUGUGUGAAUGUUAUACACGGUAAACUUACUGCCAUCGACAGGAAAUUUAAAAGGAUAACAAUAUCUUCUGAACAAAAAUUAUCAUAUGAUUAUUUGAUUAUAACAACUGGAUUACAAUAUCAUGUAAGUUGUCCAAUCUCUAAGCUAGAAAAUCUUACCAAAGAUGAAACUAUCAAUAACCUUAUAUCAAUGAAUUUUUAUUAUAAACAUGAUGAAGAUAACAACAGUUAUAACAAUGUCAAUUUUAGUCGUUAUGGUACUAAUAAUACUAUCGGUAAUAUGAGCCAUCGAUUCGCAAUUUUGCCAUCAAAAUUAUCCCGACCAAGUAACUUGUUCGUGAUCAAUGAUAUAAAUGAUGUCUUACCAAUAAUAAAUCGGAUCAACGAUAUUUAUUUACCUUUAUUUGAUGAAGUACAGCCGAUUACUUCAGAAAAUAGAACACUUUCAUUCGAAGUUGAAAGGUUCAAUGUUGAAAGACAAUUGAACAGUGAAAAUGAUAAAAUCAAUGAAGAAAAACAAAUAAGCCAACAAAAUUCAAAUAAAAAGCAAGGACAAUAUGAACAUAAUGAGACUGAAGAGCAAUUAAAAUCUCAAUCAAAUCAGUUAUUACACAAAACAUUUAGCGACCAAAAUGCGUUAGAUAAUGAAAAGACCGUUAAUAAAUUAUUUAUUGUUUAUGGUUAUACAAUUGAUGCAUAUACAUGUAUCACAGGUUUAUUAAAUGCUGGUAUAGAUGGAAAUCGUAUUAUUAUGAUACAACCACCGGAAAUGAAACAUUAUCCACCAGCUUUCAAUAGCUCUGUUAUUCAACGACAAAUACACAAGCAUAUGAACAAACUGAAAAUUCGUAUUGGAUACGAUUUUAUAUUAGACCAUUGGUGUAAUGGUAACAUGGAAUCCAGUUCAUCUGACAUUGAAACAGUUACAUUUAAUUCAGAUGGAAAGUUUUUAACUAUACCAUGUAUAGGACUAUUCUAUUUUCAUGUGAAGACGGUAGACGUGGAUGUAUUCAAAGCUUUAAAUGAUUCAUGUAUCGUAUUUGAUUCAAGAUUAGUAAUUGAUAGUAAUUUUCAUACAAAUGAUUCAUCAAUAUUUGCUGCUGGUCCAAUAACAAAAUUAAAACGAAUUUAUUAUAAUGAUUAUUGGAGACAUGAAAUUGCUAAUAGUAUGGAAAUUGGUCAUUGUUUAGGAGAUCAACUUUUAAAUUUAUUUGAUCCAAAUAUUGAAAACGUUAAAGCACCUCCAGUAGAUGAAUCAUUCAUUUUGCCAACAUUUAAACAGUCGAAGACUGUUGGUGCUUUAUUGCCGGGUAAUCUUUUUUAUCUUCAUUGUACACAACCUUCUAUAUGCGAAUCCAUGGAUAUUAGAAUGAACAAUUCUGAGUUUGGUCGUUUACUGGUUACUGGGGAAGAUGCUAAAGAAAUACGAUAUUUUUCGAUCUAUAUCAACAAAUAUAAUAUAAUUCAAGAUAUAACCUGCUUAUCGACAAAGGAAUUCCCUGCUGAGAACUAUAUACAACUAUUCAAUUUACAUGAAUCCCUUUUAAAUCACUUAGUGUCAAGAUUUGAUGAAGGUUUAAUUCAUGAUUUCUAUGAUUACUUUAAUGAUACAUGGUCUUUAGCAAUUUAUCAUGAUCGUUUUGCCGAUUUCAAGUCCGAAAUACGUAGCCUAAUUAACACAUGUUCGCCUACAACGACAAAUGAAUCACUAGGGGAAAAAUUACGAACAAUAAUUAAAGAAAAAGAUGAGGUUUCAUUGAAUGAUUUUGAAGAAUUAAAACGAUUAUAUAACAAUGAGUAUAAGAAAGAAGUAGAACAACGUUUAAUUAAAUUCAUUAUGUUUAAUUACAAUUUAUUAUCAAUGUAUGCUAAACCUGAUCUUGUUUAA